CAGAAAAAAUACCAUAGCGACAAACCGUACCGUACUGGCAUUAUUUCACUCCAAGCAAAGCAAAGCAAGCUAGCAGUUGACCAAGAAGAAUGUUGUUGCAGGACACGAUCCACAAGCUAUUUGCCCUCAUCGACUCCAUCGUGGAGCUCUAUCUUGGAACCCUUGUCAAGCCUUUUUUGAAGCUUCACGAGACAUUUUACGCGGCACUCAACAGGACGCUACGAAAGCUUCUCGACGAUCACCGAUCCCAGAUCCCUGAAUGGUUCACUGCCAAUUGGAUAACAUAUGCACGAACAGUCUUAGUGGUUCCUACUCUCCUGGUGUUGAGCUGGGGAUACAGUAUCCUGCCAAGCAUUUUGGUUCUCUUUGUCGACUUCGGUGAUUUCUUGGAUGGAGUGGUGGCCCGGUWUUGGGUGGACGUUCGAACUGAAAUCGAAACGAAACUCUCCGAGAAAGAAAAGGCACUGUCUCCCGAAAAUUCGGACGAUGAGUCCUUCGGUAAGUCAUGAAAAAUGGAAGAGAACACAACUCUGGGUCGAAGUUGUAUUUUUGGUCAUUUUAUCGGUUGAGUUAGUCGUGGAGUGGCAUGCAUAAAUUUGAUUUUCUCUAAAUCUAAUCCACAACAUCACUUUCCGGUGUUAACUCAAAUGUUGGAUGUCUGAWUCAUUUAUCCUCAAUGAUAACGAACAUGAAAUGAUKACCCUUCRAAAAUCGAUGAUAUUCAACAAAAAAAUAAACAAACAGAAGUCGUUACGACKGGUUCCCCGCAGAAUUUUUCGUCUUGGUUGGACCUCCACCGGAAUCGCACCUAUGGAGGCUUUGUCGAUGCCGUUUGCGACAAGGCAUUCGUAGUUCCCUGCUGGAUCGCUUUGCUCAAUGUGGUCCCUCAGACGUCCCAUGCCCGGUGGCUCCAGUAUUUCGUUCUCUUCUUCCUUAUCCUGGCCGAGGUGGCUAGUGGAUGCAUCCGGUUCAAGGCAUAUUUUACAUCUGUUGCUGUAGCUUCUCCCAAGGUCGAAGGAUUUGAUUUCUCAACGUCAGCUGUAAAGGCUGACCACGUUGGCAAGGCCAAACAAACUUUUGAAAUGGUUGGGACUGCCCUCUUUAUUUUGCCCUGGGUUCGUUACCUGGGUCUUGCAUUUUUGUUUCUUGCUGUUCCGUUGGCCUACGAGAGUGUCCGCCGCAAGAUCACGAAGAGGGUUCUUUAUGUCAACGCCGGUCAUAAAUUGGAAAAGCUCGACCACUCGACGUUGAAAUUCUGGAUGCAGGCUAAGGCCAUGGGAUCAAARUUGGUAGUGGGCUUUCCUAUGACCCAAACUGCAAACGACGACAAYAACUACAACAAAAAGGCAGAAAUGGGAAAGAUUUUUAACGCCCUCGCAUGUAGCUGYGUGGAUGAAGCCGUAGCCGAGGCUCCCGAAAAACUAGAUCUCAUGUUCUUGGAAAAACAAAAAAUUGAUUACGUCAUUUCCAAGGUUGCAGAGCCGCAGUUUGUAACUGAUGAGGUCGUCAAUGCCGGGCGUUGUCUGCAAAUCGGGGAAGAUGGCAUUGUGCGAUUGUUCCAAUUGAAGAGUGCGAAGAAGGAGUAAUCAKUGAUUGAACAAUUUGUGUCCUUUAAUAAAUUGAAAGAUAAUUUUYAAUCCGACCGUCAUCUCUUCAAACRUUGGAGUUGGGAUAUCGAAAUUGAAUCAGAGAAGUCUUUUCUUUCGUGCGAAUGCAAUUAAAUGCACGGGAACGGAGUGCGAAGUUGAUUGGCCGCGGAAAAYCAUAGUAAUCCAAUUAAAAACUUUUUGCACU